GCGGAGCAGGGGGCCCCGCCCCGCCCCACACGUGCUACCGGCGGAACCCACAACACCGCGCCACCGCCCGCUCGGUGACCUGCUUCCGCUGUGGAAGGAUGUGGCCGCCUUGCAGGGCGCUGCGUAACUUAGCGCUAGUCUCGGCGAGGUCACAGGGAGCUCGGGCCUGCAGUGGGGACGAGCGUGUCUCCUACACACAGGGCCAGAGCCCGGAACCCAGAACCCGCGAGUAUUUCUACUACGUGGAUCACCAGGGCCAGCUUUUCCUAGAUGACUCCAAAAUGAAGAACUUUAUCACCUGCUUCAAAGACCUGCAGUUCCUGGUCACUUUCUUCUCCCGCCUGAGACCCAACCGCAGCGGCCGCUACGAGGCUGCCUUCCCCUUCCUCUCGCCUUGUGGCAGAGAGCGAAACUUCCUGCGCUGCGAAGACCGGCCGGUGGUCUUCACGCACCUGCUGGCCCCCGACAGCGAGGCGCCUCGCCUCUCCUACUGCGGCGGCGGCGAGGCCCUGACGGCACCCUUCGAGCCGGCCCGCUUGCUACCCCUGGCGGCCAACGGGCGCCUGUACCACCCGGCCCCGGAGCGCGCGGGAGGCGUGGGCCUGGUGCGCUCGGCCCUGGCCUUCGAGCUCAGCGCCUGCUUCGAGUAUGGACCUGGCUCACCCUCGCUCCCCUCUCACGUGCACUGGCAAGGUCGUCGCCUCGCCCUAACUAUGGAUCUGGCCCCGCUGCUGCUCGCCGCCCCGCCUCCCUGAGCCUCCCCGGCGGGGGCUGGGUGGGGAGGGUUAGGGCAAACACUGGGCUUUGUAGCACUCGCAGGUUCACCCUGGGCUCCGGCCUUCCGGGUUGACCUAGAUGUCCCCUGUCACCUGCACGCCGGGAGUGAGUGCGCGUGCGCGCAGGGUACGCCUAGGGCCACAGCAGCCUGGCGCUGUCCAAGGUUCUGGCGCGGCUCUGCUAUCCUUGGUCCCUACAGAGGUCCUCUCGGCCACCUCUAACCCUUUCACCGGCUUUGCAUCCCACGGAUUGGCCCACGCUGGUCACGUCAGGCAGGGCGGCAAGCGCAAGGAGCGCGUGGGUCGGUGCGCGUGCGCGCCCACCCCAACCCCCCCCCCCGCCGCCGCUUCUCCAGUCUUGCAGCCGCAAGCACCGCGGGGAGUCGCUCGCCACUGGAGCAGGUGAGGGGGGGGUUAGAUCCUGGCCCAAGGUCACCAGGCUCGGGGGCGGGAUCGGGACCCUCUAGGUUCUGACUGCGGCACCUAGGAAAGGUCAUAGGAUCUGGCUGGGGGUGGGGGGGAUGGAAACCACGCCCUCUAUGAGCAGGCUCGCAUCCACUGGAGCGGGAGGGGUUGGCUAGGGAGAGGUAUUGCUGGUUAAAAGCGCCAGGUCGCAAAGGCUGACAGAGACCUUAGCUGGGGCUUCGUACUGAGCCCGAGGGAGGACACAGGCCUCCUCACCACCCACUUCCCGCCUAGAUGGGCACCCAGGAGAUCGGCACCCCGCUCCUGCCCAGGAUUAGAGGUUCAUGUCCUGUUAAAAGGAUUUCUGGGCUCAUCUAGUAAGGGUCCCUUAAUUCCUGUCAUGGCUGUCUUGCACUGAUGCACAUCUGGGCGUCUGCAUGAGCAGCAGCUCUGAUCUCUAAUGCACAGAGCAAGGCUUUGCUACUGAAGGCUGUAAUACACAAGGCCUGAAGCCAGGGACCAAACAGUCAUUUGUGCUCCCGGAAAUUAAAAGCCUAGCAAACGUCCCUGCUUCUUGGGGCUCCACAUGUUUUGAGAUAUCUAGGAACUGCCUUUGCCUGUGCCAAAGCUAUUCCAUUAAAACUUUACCGCUGUGCUGCCUCA